AUGAUGCCGGAAAACAGUCAUGUACCUGUCAUAAUUGUAGGAGGCGGUGCAGCUGGUUUAGCAGCAGCUAAAGCCCUUUCUGAGAACAAUAUAAAGUAUUUACUAUUAGAAGCACAGAAUUAUCUUGGGGGCCGUGUACACACUAUCGAAGCAGCACCCGAGAUCCUCGUUGAUUUGGGUGCUCAACUUGCUCUCAAAGAGUCGGUCCCAAAUGAAGUGUAUAGUUUUUUUGAAAAGACGAGAAACAUUACAGAUACAGGCAAUCAAGUGUCUUACUAUGUUACUUCCGAUGACAAGCGAAUUGAUAACACAUUAAUGGAAAAUGUGUGGGAUAUACGAGAACAAGUCCAUAAAGAAUUAAAAGAAGUAGCAACGGAAGAGUCACGAUUUGCAUGUUAUAAAGACAAGCUACUAUCAUUUGUUCAUGAUGAAGCAUUACGUUCAAUAUUGAUUGAUUGGAUGCUACACGUAUUGGACGCGAGUGGAUGUAUAAGCCAAAUCGAGUCAUGGGUUGAGGUUAAUUGUACUUAUCGUCCAUUCAUCGAUCAUCUACAGUCAACCAUACCUGAAAGUCAUAUACGACUUGAAACUGAGGUGACGCAGGUGCAAUAUCUUCCCGACUGUCAUAAGCUUAGUGUCGAAACUGUCAGUACACCAAAUAAAGCAACAAAUAUUCUUCUUACUUGUGAUCAUAUCAUUUGGACAACUUCAUUGGAUUAUUUAAAAAGGAAUUUUACAAGAAUAUUUAGUGCUGAGCAGAAGCUUAUCGAAGAAAAGUCACAUGCCAUCCAAACACUCUCUACUGUGAUGAUGAAUAAAGUACAUCUGAUUUAUGAAAAACCAAUGCAAUUUUGGCCAGAUGACUGUAAAGAAGUAUUCCCUAUAGACGUCUACUGCGUUCCCAUGAAAUUAAAUGAAACACACCUCGCGUGUCUUGCUGCAAACGAUACAAACCGACAGGAUAUCAUGUUCAUCCUUCAAUCCGUUUUCUGUAUGUCGCCAAGAGACGAACGACGUGUAUUAACAUUUUGGUUUGGUGGUAACGCUGCAGUACUCAUAGAAAAUAUAAGCAACGACGUAUUGAAGUGUCUUCUCCAUGGUGUGGCUUGUCACUACCUUAAUCAAGGUAAAGAAAGCGAUCCUCCAGUUCAGAUUUUCAAAAGUACCUGGAAAACAAAUGAAUAUACAUGUGGUUCAUUUUCACAUUUUUCUCCACAAAUAUUCAAAGACGAUCAGGCACAACUUCGUAAAAGUUUUGAACCAGACGAUACACCGCGUAUCAUCUUUGCUGGGGAGGCAACGCACCCUGUAUACCCAGGGCUUGUUAUUGGGGCAUACAAAAGUGGUAUCGAUUCAGCUAAAACACUUAUCAAUCUUUUUUCAGCUAAAUAA